CAUGCCCACACACCUCCAUACCCACAGGGCACGAGCACAGGCGCCGGCGCGGCGUGUCCAAGCCUCCAAGGCCAAGAAACACAAACACCCACGCCUCGCGGACCCGGCCGCCCCCUCGCCCCGCCCGCAUCCUGUCGACGACGACGACGUCGUCGUCGUCGUCGUCGUCGCCCUCUUUCCUUUCCCGCACAGCCGCGGCUCCAUACGACCAUACGGCAGCCAGCUAGUCUAGCUUCUCCGCCACAGCUCAUCAGGGCGCAGCAACCGCAAACCCCACGCAGGCGACGAAAAGCUGCCGAGCCACCACCAGGCACCAGCAGAGGGGAGCAAGCGACCACGCGGGGGACCGCGCGACCGAGCCACUCCCCUCCCCUCCCUCCCUCUCUCUUCGCCUCCGGAUCUCGCAUGCGCGGUGGCCGCCGCCGCCGCCGCGCCCGACGGAGGAGGGCGAGGAGUCAGUGAGGGCGCUGGCCGGCGGCGUGAUGGGGGGAGCGCAGCUGGUGGGGAGAUGGGUGGAGUCGUACACGGGGAUGUCGCCGGACAACAUCAAGGGCCUGCUGCUCGCGCUCUCCUGCAGCCUCUUCAUCGGCGCCAGCUUCAUCGUCAAGAAGAAGGGGCUCAAGAAGGCUGGCGCGUCCGGCGUCCGAGCAGGUGUUGGUGGCUACUCAUACUUGCUUGAGCCAUUGUGGUGGGCAGGAAUGGUAACAAUGAUUGUUGGCGAAAUCGCUAACUUUGCAGCUUAUGCUUUUGCUCCUGCUAUCCUGGUCACUCCACUUGGUGCACUUAGCAUAAUUAUCAGUGCUGUUCUUGCCCAUAUUAUGUUGCGGGAGAAACUUCAUAUAUUUGGUAUACUUGGCUGUAUUCUUUGUGUGGUGGGUUCAACAACAAUUGUGCUUCAUGCCCCUCCAGAGCGUCAAAUUGAGUCUGUGGCAGAAGUGUGGGAUCUCGCUACUGAACCGGCAUUCCUAUUCUAUGCAGCUGUUGUAUUUGCAGCAGCUUUUGUGCUCAUAUGCCAUUUUGUCCCUCAGUAUGGGCAGACACAUAUCAUGGUAUAUAUUGGCAUAUGUUCUCUUGUUGGAUCUUUAUCGGUCAUGAGUGUCAAAGCUCUUGGGAUAGCCUUGAAGGUGACAUUUUCAGGGAUGAACCAGCUUGUCUAUUCACAAACAUGGGUGUUCUCAUUUGUUGUAAUCUUGUGCAUCGUAACACAGAUGAACUAUCUAAACAAGGCCCUCGACACAUUCAAUACUGCAGUUGUUUCACCCAUAUAUUACACAAUGUUUACAUCCUUGACCAUCUUGGCUAGUGUAAUAAUGUUCAAGGAUUGGGAUCGUCAAAAUCCAACGCAAAUUGUUACAGAGAUGUGUGGCUUCGUUACAAUCCUUUCCGGGACUUUUCUUCUUCACAAGACAAAGGAUAUGGUGGAUGGUCUCCCACCAAAUUUACCAAUUCGGCUUCCUAAACAUGCGGAUGAGGAUGGCUAUGCAGACGACAUAAUUCCUCUCAGAUCUGCUGCUGACGGUAUUCCACUCAGGUCGCCAAGGGCUACAGAUUCAUUUCGCUCGUCGUGAUGUCCUGAGAUUUGCAAGUGCGCUGAAUCAUGUAGAUUCCAGGCUCAUACCCAGCAGCCGUCAGUCUAUAUACAUGGGAAGCGGAAAAUAUCCCCCAAUUCACUCGGUUGGAGACCACAACGUAGGUUAACUGUAGGAUUCAACAGGUAACAACUCGGCUAACCCCCCAACCCUAAUUUGAGUCAUUGGUACAGAAUUUUGACGAUUAUAUCAGUUGUAUACUUAUCCGGGUAACAUCAUCACCAAGAUGACCAAGAAUAUAUGUUUUGGGCUAUAUGUAUAUCGCGGUGAGCCAUAUAGGUUAUUAUGUUAUAUUGAAUUGUUGUAUUCUUUCAACACAAACACUCUGAAUACAGGAAGAGUUGAAC